AUGCGGCAGUCUGCAUUGGCUGUUUUAUUGCCGCUUUUGCAACGGCACGCACAGUCCAUUCCUCGUCGUCACUUUAAUGUCAUCCAACGAGGUAACGAUCGCGAGGUGGAGUCGCUCUUUGCACUGCUUGGCUUUGGAAAAGAAAGCGAGGUGGAGCGCGUCCAUCGUACGCGUGAUGAACUUCGUCAGGGCUACUUGCGGGAGGCAAUGAAGCUUAAGGACCCACAGCGUAACGCGAAGGAUGCGGCGAAGCUUGCCGAUCUUCGGCGGGCGUACACUCUACUCUCCGAUGACCAGUUUCGUGCACGCUACGCGAGUCACCACUGCGUCUCACCCGACGCCACCCUUCACGUCCAUGUCGACGGCGGUCAGACAGCGGCAAACUUCAACCCUGAGCAUCAGUCGUUUGAAUUCGUUGACCACGCAAUUUCUUUUUCCUCAUCGUCGCUGUUAUCUUCCUGUGCGCAGCGGUCUUUUGGUGACUUUACGGGACCGUUUCAGUCCGCGACAGGGGUUUACAGCAGCCCAGCGGACGCACAUCCAUACCAGCCACGUGAAUCCAGCACCCCACAAAACGGGAACGGCAUUAACUUUAUGCUCCGGAUCUCCUUUGAUGAAAGUAUCCUUGGCUGCACAAAGUCAGCUGUGUAUGAAAAGGAUAUCACUUGUUCUCAUUGCAGCGGCGACGGUCGGCAGGUUUUAAAUAGGCCACGUAAAUGUCCACAAUGCCGUGGUCGUGGUUCCACGCAUUUGCCGAGUGCCACGUAUCAUAUCGAACGUUCGUGUGGGUACUGCGGUGGAAAAGGUGUGGCACCGCCACCGAAAUGUGGGAGAUGCGGAGGGGCUGGUGUUAUAAGGGGGCAUACCGUAAGUGUUCCUAUAGACGUGCGUCCGGGCACAACAACGAUGACAGUGAGGCGGUUUCGGGGUAAAGGACACGAUGGGGUACGCGGUGGUAACGCAGGGGAUCUCAUAGUGACGGUUUUGGUACAAGAGCACCGUCUUUUUCAUCGCGAUGGAAUUGAUCUUCACAUGGUGUUGCCCAUUCCGCUUUCUGUAGCGCUGCUUGGAGGCGUCGUGUCGGUACCAACUCUGCACGGAGCUCAAACGCUACGCAUACCUCCGUGCGUAAGAAAUGGGCAACGGCUGACCAUGGAUGGUCAGGGCGUUUGUCUUGACGGCGAAAGCGACGCCGCCGAAAAAAACGAAUUAGAGGCGUGUGAAGGCUCAGCGAACCCAAAACAGCAACAUUGCCAGCAACAGCGUCGGCGCGGCCAUCUGUACGUCCACCUGCUGGUGGUUAUCCCAAGGGGGGAGGAAUUGACAGGGGCGCAGAGGUGUGCCUUGGAGAGCUUCGCUGCCGAAGGGGAGGGUGGAAUCAACCAGGAGAACGGGGAAAAAGGGGAGCAGGAGACACCGGCAUCUUUGAAGCAGCGCUUUCGACACUGGAUGACGAGUCUAUAA